CAGCCAAUCAGAUUAUCGCAAAGAUGCUACUACUACAGUGUCUUCCUCCUCGAGACGAGAUGUUACUUAUUAUUAUUAUCUUUCUUCUCAACUGAGCUGCGCUCAAUAGAGACUCAAAUCGUCGUAUGACUGACAAGGGACUGAGACACGGAAGCGAUAUCUAUAAAGAGGGCAUCAGCCACCACAUCUUCUGUACGUACAGAGACUACCAGCUUAAUCGUCAGCCCUCGUGGCACCGUGCCUUCGAUCCACACUCCAGGAUUGCAGACAACCUCGUCUGCAUGGGAGAGAAUCAGCUAGUGGUUCGCGUCAUAUGUUUCCAUCGCCACGCCGUGCCCGCUGAACACCUCCUGCCCAAAGGGCGCACAGCCGGUCUUGGAAAGGCAAACACAGACGUCCUCCGCCGCGGCAAAGUGGAUCGGCGCCCUGGCCGGUAGAGCUCAGGCCUGCUCAAGCGGUAUCUCUGCGGCAAAGUCCUUGCACCAGCAUGUCGGCACCGCAAAGCCUCAGCGUCUGAAUGUCCCCACAGCGCCUUCUUCCGACAGGUAAGAUAGCCGGAGCGAGACGAAGCUUUCGAGCAGGCUCUGCUCGAGCGCGCCCGUCGGUGCCAGGCGCUCCUUCCAGAUCUCAGGGCCGCACAGAAACUGACGUCGACGAACGAGUCGGUCUGCGAAACGCGUCAGCGACUGCG